AUGCAGAACACUUCAGAAGGCUCCACAAAAACCCCUAUAAUGGCGACGAGGGUUUAAGUGCUCCGAAAUGGUCGCGGAGCGAAAAUCCUCCGUCGCCAUCGAUUCUCCAACUGCAUGCCCGAUGGACGGCGUGAGGGUACGGUUGUCGUUCGAGGAUCGCCACAUUCUGAGCAAGUCGCAGAGGAAAGAAGGGUUGAAGCGGAGCUGGAUUUUGCUGAAGCCACAACACGACACGAUCUCGGACCUCGCUUCCCAUGUCGUUCACACAUUCGACCUCUGGGACUCCUGCCCUAAUGGCCUCGUCCUAUCGAUGGAUGGUUAUGUUCUACCGCACUUUGAGUCAACUUCUAUACUCAAGGACAAGGAUAUUGUUGGGGUGAAAAUGAAACAGGGUACUUCCAGGGACACCGCUAAGCUGCAUGAUGCGGAGAAUACCUUGGAAGAAAUAGAGUUUGUAGAGAAGCAUCCUGUGCAGACAGGUUUAAAGCUGCUCAUGAAUGAAGAGUUUGAGAAGGAGACUGGGGGUUAUGAAAGUGAAUCCGAAGAAGAUGAAUGUGGACAGUCACAUGGUUGUUUGAAUGAGAAAGAUACAUCCAAUAGUAAUGCAGUUUCCAAGAAGAGAAAGGCAUCAAAAAAGCUCAAGGGCUCAAAAAGGAAGAAAAGUAAAUUGUCUGGUGUGGAGGAGUGCCCAGAAGUCCCUGGAUGUGUCAAAGUUGAUAUUCCUGUUGAGCAGGAAAGACUGCAAAAAGAAGGAGCCACCAUUGAUAAGUGCAAGUCCUCCUCUGGGCAGGCUGAACCAGACAAGUCGAUAACCCCUGCAAAUGAUGUGACAAUUACUCCAGCUUCUAAGAGUCAGCAACAGGAAAAUGAUCAAGGAAGUGAAGGUUCAACUGAUGCACCUUCUAAACCAAAGUUACCAAGUCGAAGUGCUCGCCGUAAAAAAGCGAAGCGAAGGUGGCUGAGGGAAAUGCGCCAAAUCGGAAAGAAAGAGGUGGAAAAAGAUGAAUAUCGGCCACUGCCUUAUAAAAAGCAAUCACUUGGAAAAAAAAUUCGGCAGCUGCCUGAUAAAAAGGAUAGCGAGUUCUCUAAAGAACAUGAGCAACAGCGUCAAAGUCAUACCUUUGUCGAAAAACACCAGCCACUGGAUCAUGUCAAUGAAAAUAAAACAAAUGAGGACAUAGUUCCUAUUGUAAUUAGGCCUGGGCAUAUUCGCUUUGAGCCUCUGGAAAAAGAUGUAGAUCAGGAUGUCCAGAAAAGUCAAGUUUUGCUGUUGCAGACUUUUGAAUGGAAUGGGAUCACAAGCAAGAAGAAAGGACAAAAAUGGGGCAAAGAGAAAGCAGGAUCCUGGCAGCGGACCGAUAAUAAAAAUCUCAACCAAGAAUCUUCUCUAGUGACUAAUGUUGUAGCAGAGUUGCCUUUAACUGAUCUUGGGGACUUUGAUAAACUGCCACCUUAUGGGUUGCCACCUCAGGAAGGUGAUAUCGUGGCAUAUCGUGUAAUUGAGUUGUCAUCCUCCUGGUGCCCUGAACUCACUUCAUUCAGGGUUGGAAAAAUAUCAUCAUACCAUCAGCGAUCUAAUAAAACCUUGAUAGUGCCUGUGGCAGAAUAUGCACUUGACUUGGAGAAUAUAGACAAGUCCCUGUAUAAAGAGGAUGGCUCCCUGGAGGUUGAUUUUUCAUCACUUAUUGAUGUCCGAAUAGUCAAGCAUGGCAAAUUGAAUUCAGCAGAAAAAGGCACCGGUGGUGGAGUGGAAGUUGCUGCGGGAGAUCAAAAUGCCAAAUCAAGUGGUUCAACUGAUAAUAUUGGUGAAGCGACGCCUGAUCCCUCGAAAGUAAAUGGAAGGGUAGAUGUGUGGGAAGAAAUCAGCGAGGCUUUGAGUGCAAAGAAGGCACAGUUGUCUCAGCAAGACAAUUGGACGAUGAAAGAAAGUUCAGGCAGAAGUUCCUGGUCGUUCAGGGCCUUGAGAGGAAGUGCGUUAGGUCCAACAAUGGCCCUUUUGAGAGCUCAAAAUGGGGUGUGAACACCAUCAAUUUCCCCUUACCGGUUUCAGUCAAUUUUCGUGAAUUAGUGAAAUUGCCGUAUGUGAUGUUAAGCUUGAGUGUGUCAUAUUGAGUCCAGUUUUGUAUGCGAGGGCUCGCUAAUCCUAAUCAGGGCGAUGUUAUUAGCAGUUCAAAGAUUGAUUAGCACAAAGAAAAUCCUAUGUAUCUGCUGCGGAGCAGCAAUUGUGACCUUUUGUUUAGUGGUGAUGUUGGACUUCUGUACAUAAGGGCGACGCCGUGGGUUUGAACUGGCAAAUGUCUUCUCGACCUACUUUAGGUCAUGUUUGGUGUAUAUUCGUAUGUAUCAUUUCCAAGUGUACUCUA